AUGUGCUGCAGAGGUAUUGUCAACAAGAAAAAUGGAGAUAAACCAGCUUGCUGCAAAACACAGGCUUAUGAUGCUGUAAAACAAGUUUGUUGCAAGGGAUUUCUCGAUAAAAGACACGACGGUGAUACGAAAUGCUGUGGCAAUCAAACCUACGCCCAGUGUAAGUUCAUGUGCUGUAAUGGUAACAUAGAGCCAAGAAAGGGCCUUGUUCCCAAAUGUUGCGGCCAGGAGGGGUAUGAUGCAGCAACAAAAAUGUGCUGCAAAGGGAAUAUUUUCAAGAGGUUGGGAGCCAAACCGAAAUGCUGCAAUGAUACAAUGAUAGACGUUUCAAAGAAACUUUGUUGCGACGGAAUAGUUCGACCAAAGCUUGGAACAAACAGCAAAUGCUGCGGUAGUAAACGCUACGAUGCUCUUACCCAACUGUGCUGCAAUGGAACAAUGCGGAAUAAAGUUGGCGAGGACCCUAAAUGUUGCGGUAGUAAGCUGUAUGAUGCAACUGAAAGAGUAUGCUGCGACGGAAAACUAUCAAAGGCCAAUGGCGCGCAGCCAAAGUGUUGCGAUAUGAAAGCGUACGACAGCGCCUAUCAACUUUGCUGUGAAGGUAGGGUAAGAAACAUGAAAGGCGCAAUGUCCAAAUGCUGUGGCCGAGAUGCUUACGAUGUGGCCCAUUUUCAAUGUUGUGAAGGACGAAUUGAGAAGAGGGAAGGGGCUAGGCCUUUCUGUUGCGGGCGAAACGCUUAUGACGAAGCUAAGUCAAUCUGCUGCAACGGCAGAUUAAGAAACCUAAAAAAUGUUAUCGUGCCCCUUUGUUGCGGUAACGUACUUAUUGACGAAACCGAAUCGCUGUGUUGCGAAAACAUUACUGUUGCGAAGAAAGGCAACUCGUCAGCUUGUUGUGGGGCAGAGCAGUACGACAGAGUUUCCGAAAUAUGCUGCGAGGGAGUAGUCAACAAACAAGUUGGUUCUAAGCCGAUGUGCUGCGGAAACAAUGUCUACGAUGCAGCAGCAGAAUUGUGCUGUCUAGGACAAGUACAAGGAAGAAUCGGAAAAGACCCACAUUGUUGUGGCAGCAGCUCCUACGACGCUGUGUCUCAUAUGUGUUGCGAUGGAGUCGUGCAGCAUAGGUUUGGUCUGGAGCCAAUGUGCUGUGAAUUCACGAGUUUUGACGCAGCUACUCAUAUGUGUUGCGUGGACGAGGUCGUCCAAAAGGCUGAAAUGGUUCGACCAUCCUGCUGUAGGCGAGAGAUCUAUGAUGAAGUAAAUUCAAUCUGCUGCCGCGGCGACCUGUUUCCAAGAGCAGGUAUUGAGACCAAAUGUUGCGCCGACGUCGCUUACGACAAUGCUAAAUCGCUUUGUUGUUCCGGCUUUUUAUUUAACCGGACAGGUGUUGAUCCACGUUGUUGUGACGGAGAUACGUAUGAUGUCGCGACACACGUGUGUUGCAACGGACUGGUAAAGGCAAACGUAGGAGUUGGAGAAACAAAAUGCUGUGGGCCAUAUCCGUACAAUGCGGAUACGGAACUCUGCUGCGACGGCAGGGUUCAGCCUCAAGUGAGUGUCAACACCGGUUGUUGUGGAUGCAAAUCAUUUGAUGCGAGUAAGUACAUGUGCUGCAGUGGAGUGAUUAGGAAAAUGGAAGGUAAAGCUCCGGCAUGUUGUUCGACAAGAAUGUACGACGAGAAAAUGUUCGAGUGCUGCAAUGGCAUUCUGAAGAAACGGCCUUAA